ACAGAUUUGAGAUUUAAAAUAGGUACUUUUGUAGAUGGAUUUAUAGUUUAUACAAAAAUACCGUCUGUGCUGUAAUUUGUAAAUGUAAAAUGAUAUCAAGAAAGCGAAACUCUUAGCUCUAUACAAUAAUUGAUAUUAAAAUUAUAUUAUAGGAUACCUCGUUGCUUAUUCUAUAUCCUUUUCACUUCAAAGAUUAAGCUGAUAAAAACUAAUAACAUAGAUUUUAUUGGAGCAGUGCAUUGUUUACAGUGUUGCCGAAGUCAUGGGCAAAAAAUGUAAUCAUUGUGGGUCUUCAGAGAUAGAAGUAGACCCCGCUAGAGGUGAUGCGGUAUGUACAAACUGUGGGUCAGUUCUGGAAGAUAAUAUUAUAGUUGCUGAGGUAGAAUUCCAAGAAAAUUCACAUGGUGGGUCAUCUGCGAUAGGCCAGUUCGUCUCCGCAGAGACUAAAGGAGGUGCUUCAGGUUUUGGAAGAGCUUUCCAUGCUGGCAUUGGUCAGGAAUCCAGGGAGGUCACUAUAAGGAAGGCGAGAGAGGGCAUCACCUUAUUGUCCCAGCAGCUGCGUCUUAAUCAGCAAUGCAUUGACAUUGCAUGCAAUUUCUUCAAGAUGGCUCUAUCAAGGCACCUGACAAUCGGUCGACAUGCAUCUCUCACCCAGGCUGCAUGUGUUUACAUGACCUGCAGAACUGAGGGAACUGCCCAUCUUUUGAUAGAUGUGAGCGACGCGAUCCAAAUGUGCUGCUAUCAACUCGGCCGCACUUACUUCAAGCUGUCCCGAGCACUCUGCAUCAAUAUUCCACCAACUGAUCCUUGCCUCUAUAUUCUGCGAUUCGCAUCACGACUGAAGUUCGGCGACAGGCAGCAUGAAGUCAGUAUGACAGCCCUACGACUGGUGCAGAGGAUGAAGAAGGACUCCAUACAUUCUGGUCGGCGACCCUCGGGGAUAUGUGGCGCCGCACUCUUGAUAGCGGCUCGGCUACACGAGUUCUCACGGAAACCGGCUGAUGUUGUGCAAAUUGUCCGCGUUCACGAGACGACGUUGCGAAAACGGCUCUUCGAGUUUGGCGAGACUCCCUCCAGCGCACUCUCCCUCGACGAGUUCAUGACUGUGGACUUAGAAGAAGAACAGGAUCCCCCCGCGUUUAAAGCUGCUAGGAAAAGGGAUAAAGAAAGAUUGCAAAAGUUAAUGGAAGAAGAGGACGGCGAAAAAGAAUUGACUGAAUUACAGAUAGAGAUAGACACACAGUUAGAGAAAGAUUGUAAGCGGAAAAGAAAUAUGGCUAAGUCUGAUGAAAAACAAACGACAGAAGCUGUCGAUGAAAUAACAGAGGCGGAAAAUGAGGAGGCGACAAGAUUCGCAGCGCAAGACACGCUUCACUUGAUAGGAGAGAUGAGUAGAGAUGCUCAACCUAAAAGGGCUCCUACGAACAAUGAGAAUGGCAGACUAGAGAAGGGACUUGGACCCGAGCUGGCAGUCAUAGGCCUAGGCCAGCAAGAGGACAAGUCUGACAAGUUUCUCAAGCCGGAUGCAGUGAAACAGCAGUUCAGCAAAGACCUGCACAACGCUGAUGAGUUGGUGCUGGAGGCUGCAGACGAGGACUACAUCGACACACUCAUCAUGAGCGAGGAGGAGUCGAGGCACAAGACUAAAGUAUGGAAUGCUGUUAACGCUGACUAUUUGAAGAACCAAAAGCUCAAAGAGGAGCUACUAGCAAGAGAAAAAGAAGAGGGGAAAGACAAAAAGAAAAAAAUUCGCGGCUCGUACAAAAAGAAGGUGCCUUGCAACGCGUCCACCGCGGGCGAAGCCAUCGGCAAGAUGAUAGCGGAGAAGAAGAUGAGCGCCAAGAUCAACUACGACAUACUGAAGAGUUUGGACCAGCCCGGCACGCCGGUGAGGGCGCCUAGCACGCCCGCUACUCCUGUACUAGUGCAAACUGACAGUCCAAAGAUAACUACCCCAGUGGAGACCCCAGUGCCUGACUCCCCCGUGCCGAGGAAGAGGAAGAAGAAGCCCGUCCCCACGCUGGUCACCGCGCCUGCUCCCACGCCCGCCAGCCCGGCGCCCAGCCAGCCGCCCACGCCCAACCCGCCCACGCCCACCACCCCGGCGCCGCCCACGCCGUCGUUAAUACACGAUGCUGCAGAAGAUUACGACGAAGACCUCGAAGCGGAAGCACCAGACGCAAGCGGCGAAAUGUCUCUAGCAGCCAUGUUGCAGAAUGGGGCGGAGGAAGAUUACUAUGACUACGAGGAAUAUUAGCUAAAACCGGCCACAGUAUGCUGUGGCUUGAUCAUCUAUUUGAAUACUAAUAGGCUAAGAGCUAGCGACGGCCAGAUAUUCGUCAUUUUAUAACAGCUGAAAUUUGUCAUCUCAUGCUGCUAUGCCAUAGGUAUUGGAGUUUCGGGGAGUUACAUAUCAACCCAUGUUCGGUUCACUGCUGAGCUCGAGUCUCCUCUCAGAUUGAGAGGGGUUAGGCCAAUAGUCCACCACGCUGGCCCAAUGCGGAUUGGCAGACUUCGCACACGCAGAGAACUAAGAAAAUUCUCUGGUAUGCAGGUUUCCUAUCGAUGUUUUUCCUACACCGUUUGAGACACGUGGUAUUUAAAUUCUUAAAAUGCACACAACUGAAAAGUUGGAGGUGCAUGCCCCGGACCGGAUUCGAACCCACACCCUCUGAAAUCGGAGGCAGAGGUCAUAUCCAUUCUAUCAGAGGGCUAUCACGGCUGUUAUACAUAUUACGCCGGGAAAAAUAUUAAAAAAUUGACUUUAUGCUUAGAAAGUGAGGGUCUGGAUCCUUCAAACCUGCUAUUUCCUAAAGUAACCACGGCUCAAACUUUAUAAUUGGCUACCGUUUUUACAGGUAGAAGCGUCAGCUGACAAACAGCUUUUGUUAAAUGACGAAUGUUUGGCUGUCGCUGGUUCUUAGUCUAUAAUGCUGGUUUCACCACCUGUUGAUAAGUGUCGGAUAGUCUAACCAUUAGGGCGAUGCCUUAUUAGUACAAAUACUUUCCAUUUAUUCAACGCAACGGAUGUACAUAGUGCAAGAGCAUGGACGCACUUACCCAGUGAGAUUCAAGAAUACGUACAAAACAAAUAAGUUGAAACGUCGCUUGCAACGAAGUUACACUUUAAUGUGGCAUGUCAUUUAAAAUAUGUGUUCCGUUUUUGACACAAUUUAAUAUUACGCUGGUAUUUUUAUAAUUCAAUAGAUUUUAUUUUUGAUAAUUCCUGUCAAAACCAAACAAGUAUUUUGAGAAACCGCACCAACCUCGAAUCGUGCUCGUACGGCGAACUUAAAUCGGCGACUUUAUGCAGUUGCCUUGGAUGAUAUGAUGGAGCAGAAAAGCAAACGCUUUUCUCGGAAGGAGAUCCAAGAUUACCGUUUGCUCGUUAAAAUUCGAUCGAAAACGAUGCGGCGACGGCGCAACGUAAAGCACUAAUGGGGUAUCACUCUAAGUUUUGUCUUACUUUAUGUCAAAUAACAAAGACAAAACAUGUGAAUAAGCUAUCCGACACUUAUCAGAAGGUUGUGAACCCUUAAAUUAGGAAUUUAAUUGAUUAGGUGUAAGGGAAAGUUUUGUCGUGUGUAUCAUUAAACCCUUUUUUUAUUCUGCCUCAAUAGGCCUAAGAUAUCUCUUAAAAACAAAAUGACACAUUGUGGACCAAUAGCGGUGGUAUAGAAAAUAUCGUUCUCUCUUUUCUUUCCAGUACAGAGAAAGAGCAAGUGAUAAUUCGGUUCCGCCGCUAUUUGUCAACGUUAUCUUCACGGUAUAUGCCGUUGACACAUACUAUACCAUGUCCAGAUUGAAUUGCGCUAUUUGGUAAAUAAACAAACCCUUUUGUCGAUGCCAAACUUUCAUAAUAGUUUUCAGAACCAUCAAACUAUUAAAACACGCACAAACACUUUGUUCUUUACAAUCCACCUAUGGAGAAUCAUACAAACGUAACAUUUUUUUAAUUUACACAGGGUUUAAUCAAAAUUUUUAGAAAUAAACGAAAUUAAACACGAAAUUAUGCACACAGAUUACAUUUAAAUGUUAAUUUGACGUUUCGUCUCUCUAAGGUUGUGCCAAGUAAAAUUGUCACCACAGAUUAAAAAUGAACGAUUUACCGAUUGUAAAUAUCGAAUGUAUUCCGUUCAGUAUCGAUAUCGUAAUUGAGUAAUUUGAAUAAAGUAUUUUUUUCAUAGCGCUGUUUAGUUAGUUACGUACUUAUAUGUUAAAAAAAGAUAAUUCGUUAACAAGUACUGCCUAAAUUUUUUAGUACUCUUUUAAUUUAUAACAAACAGAUACAAGUGAAAAAAAUGUUAUUUGAUAGGUAUUAAUUAAUAUACAACAGAAAGAGGUAGAUAGUUAAUAUCGCGCGUAUUUUGACUGUGUGAUUAGUGUUGCCAACUUAGAAGUGAGUUUUUAAGUAAAGUGAUUUUGAUAUAAAAUUCGAUUAGUAUAAGUUAAUUCUCGAUAUAGUUCAUCAACGGCCCAUCCCUAGGAUGACGUCACAACUAUUGUCAGUGAUGAAUACGGCCAUAUUUGUUUACAAGAUUUUGCAAUUCUAAAAAAAUGAAGUUUAGGGCCUACUGGAAUGUUAAUCGGAUUUUGGUCAAAUCUGAAUUAUAAGUACAAAAAAAAAGAUAAAACUUUCUCUAACACCUACUUAUUAGUAUAAUUUAAGUAGGCUUACUUAACAAGCGCCUUAAAAAGUUUUGGUAACUAGUGCUAAUUAGGAAGUUAUAGUGGACUAAGGGCUAGCGGCUGUAGUCAAGUGGCACGUCCAUUCUCUUUCUACGAUCGCUAACGCUUCGAAAACUAGAAAAAUGUAUCGGAAUGAGAUUUGCUAUCAACAGGUCACGUGAUCAAGAUCUGUCAUUCCGAUACAUUUUUCUAGUUUUCGAAGCGUUUGCGAUCGUAGAAAGAGAAUCGACGUGCCUCUUGGCUACAGGAGCUAGAUAGCCAGAUAUACUUCAUUUUAUGAAGGCUCCUACCCUCAUACCAGUAUCGCACCUAAAUUCACGAACAAAAUUGUUUGUCAUUUUCUGAGAAAAACGAGCUCAGAUUUGGUAUACAUCUAAUACUAAAUUAGAUUUUUUUGUCCCUUUUUUUUCACCAGUUAUACACAAAAAAAAUCACACUAGCGGACCAGGUCUAGCUUCGCUUUGACUUAUGUUUCUUCCGCGCCAGGUGUCAAGCUGUAGGCUAACAAUUUAUAGCCUUCACAAAAUGAGGUGUGUCUAGCUAUUGCAGGCUCUAAAUAUUAUAUGACUGCAAAGUUUCUGACUGCAGAUAGUAGUUUUAGUCUGUCCUGCUAGUACAAGUGUAGUCUCGCUUACGCUUAGAACAGAGUUCCGCAAACUUAAGGUACAGGUAUGAAUCCAAGAAAUUUUAAAGGUUCAACAAGGAAAAACAAAUAUUAUUUCAAGAUGGGCAUCCACAUAUCCGCAUCGUAAGUAUCGGAUGCAUAGCAUUAAACGGAUCGUAGUAUUCUUUGGAUAGAAAUACAAGUGCGUCGAUUAAUCGUAUGAGUGACAAUCAUUGUAAAAUUAAAAUUCCGUAUCAUGCGAUUCAUAUUCAGAUACACACGAUGCAGUUAAGUGGACGCCUAUCUUUUAUGAAAAUUAAUUAUAGUAAUCCAAAUAAUAAUAAUUUAGUAUAUUAAAAGUAUGUUUUAUUGUGAAAUUUGAGUUGAAUGUGUUUUUUUAUACAACCAUAUUGGGUAGUAACCCUACCUUCUGCAGAAGGCAAGUUUGUUUUCCAAUAGCUUACAUUAUAAGUAUUUAAGUAUAUUCAUCAGUUAAGUUUGUACCCAUAACACUAUUAGCUUGGCAACUUCGUUCGUAACACUCCCGAUGGUUCGCGCGGGCCGGGGGGCGUGUAACGAUGAAUUAAAAACCCACGACUGACGCACCUUACUUCCCCGCACGCACAAUUUCACACCCGCGCAGUCUUUCUCCCCGUCGCCCGCAUAUCAUGGGAGUGUCAUCAACGUACUUGUCAGACUAUAGCUUUGCUUCGGGAGUUAUUAGCGAUGUGUGUAUUGUCCAACUCAUCAUUAGCAGCCUAUUCUAAUGGCCCAUUACAGGGCCAGGCCUCUCAUCUUGUAAGGGAGGGUAUAUUAUGGCACACUGGUGUCUCAGACGAAUUACAUAUUAUAAGUUAUUUGGUGUGAGACUGGUCGUGGUCAUUCUGGCCUAGUAACUUUAAAGUUAACGAUAUUUAAUAACUAGCUAUUGUUAAUAAUUCUUAAGCUCAGACUGAUUACAUAAGGACUAGUAUCGCACCUAAAAUUGUCUGUCAUUUUUUGAGGAAAAUGUGCGUAGAUGGAGUAUAUAUCUUAUAAUAAACUAGAAGUUCAUGUCCGUUUUUUACACCACUCAAUUACAAAAAAAGAUAUAUUUAAGGAGGUCUUUAACCGACAAACACGAUUACAACUAUGAAACAUCGAUUUUAUAGAGACUGUUUUAAUAAUUUCAUUAGAUUGUUGAUCAAUUGACUUUGACAGAAAAGUAACGUCCAGGCAACUCCUUAAGUAGUUAGUCUGAGUUCUGAAGUCAUGAUUUCGUAUUUAUUAUUUAUUUAAUUCUAAAUGAACAAAAUUGGGAUGAUAGGUAAAAAAAUUACAUCCUGUGAUGUGGAUAACAUAUCAGUUGAUAUUGUGAUUUUUAGUAAUAAGCUUUACGGAAUACGAGAAAUGAUGUUUUUUGAUGUUAAAUAUUUUAGGUGGCUAAUAAACAAAUGUUAGUGAAUAGGCUGAUCAUAGACAAGGUACACCAAAUAAUGACCACCAGUGGGGAGUGUGCCAUAAUAUAUCCUCCUCUCAUAUAAGGAGCGCUUUGCGGAACACUAGCUUAGACUAGGCCAUCUUAGAGGUUUAGUAUCUAGUUGUUUAUUGUUGAAAAAUAACAUGGUUAUAUAAAAACCGUGUUUUGUGAUUUCAAGCAAAUAAAUUAUUUUAUAAGGAUGAUAAUAAUUAAUUAGUAGAAUCUACAUAAGUAGUUGCAUAUUAUAUAGAUGGAAGUUUGUGAGAAAAAACAAAAAAGGGAGUGAAAAGUAGGGUUGCCAACAUUGUUUCAGAAAAAUAAAGUAUUUCUCAGAUUUAGCUAUAAAAAAUAUAGUAUGCUUGAAUAAAAUAUAGUAUUUUAUGAAAUAAUCAAAAUAUGACAUCUAUUUUUAAAAAGCAAUAUUUAUUUCUGAAAUAAGAGUGUCAUAGGUAUCAGUCUUCAGUGUUGAAAAUUAUAAUAUUUUUGCAUACUAUAUAUUUUUUCAACAGUAUAUAGUACGCAGACCAGAAAUAUAUAUUCAGAGGCACAAUUAUCCGCCCACUUUAAUAUGGCGCGAGUAUGUUAUAUAUUAUAGUACGGUUGGCAACCCUAGGUCAGUGAAGGUUGUUUUGACAGAGUAUAUGUUAAGAGUUGAUGAUAAUAACUAACAAUGAUUUAGAACAACAUUUGCAUCAAAAACCACAAAAGCAUAAUCAUUGAUAGCCAAACAUCGUUCACAUGUAGGUAUUGAUAACAAUGAUAAUAAAUGAUUGAUAGUCAAACAAAGAUUUUAUACUAUUAGAUAUGUCACUAACGCGUCGAAAUAGAGACGAACAAAGAUCAAUUGUCUAAAUUUAAUUCAGUCUCAUAGUAAACAAAGAAGGUUAUAUAAACAUAUAAUACCCAGUUGCGUGCACUUCAUACAUGAAUUUAAGUACUACAUACCCUAAGAGUUGUCUUCUUAGUGCUUAUUAAAUGCAGAUUUUUCCAGUUUUCUUAAUUUUAUUACUAGUGCAUACCCUGACCGACAACCAUUUGGACGCCACUCAUAACACCUGAACAUUGUCUACAAUGUCGAGAUGUAUGGUCAGGAAGUGUAAAAACUAUAUAUAAAAAUUAUAAUAUCAGUAAACACAUAAUGGGGAUGAUGACUAGGUUUGAAUAUAUUGAUUUUUUUAUGAUACAUUCGGGUAAAUAGGGUCAAUGUUAACUAAUUUAUACAUAAAAAGCAAAGAUUGUCUGGAUAUUUGCAAAAUAAAUGAGAUUAUAAAAUUUCAAAAACUAUUAAAAAUAUUUUAUCGUAAUUAGAUGAAAAUUCAUACAGUUUUAGCUAUCUUACAUUAAAUGUGACAUUUUUUUAAUAUAUGAACUAUGAGCAUAAACGCACAAAUAACAAAGAUAUUAGUAAUUUUGUUUGAACGCGCAUACAAAUCUAACGAUCAUUACAUUGCCUAUGACGUCAUUAUUUCGAGCCAUUUUGUAUGGAGCGUUUUUCAGGGAUCCGCGGCAGUGCCGCAAAUCUGACUCUUUAAAUCCUUGUAGCUCCGAAAGUAAUGACCGCAGAUACCCUGUUCCUUUUACAAAAUUGCUUUGCUAUUAGUAUACUCUUAAUUUAUAUAAAAUUUAAAAAACUGUCAUCAUCCCUAUUGUGCAUGCGCUCAAGCUAAAUUCGGAUCACUUUUUGUGGUGAUCUUGCAGGCACGUAACAUAUCUAUAGUAUAAAAUAUCAUUGGUCAAACAUCAUUCAUCAGUACCCUAUGUGUUAUGGUAGACAAACUCUAACAUUUUCUCGAAUCGAAUCCUAGACCACCGAAUCGAAUUGGACGCCUUAACUGUUAUUGGUGCUUCAAAUUAGAUACACAAAGUUUUAUAAUCAACUCAUAUAUAAGUAACACUUCAAUAUAAUAAGAAGAAAAUUAAGAAAUCUUCAUUAUAAUAAGAAUUUAAAUAGCCCUGAACUCUUUGAUUUUUCAAAAAAGUUGUAUGUAAGUAGGUAUUUCCAAUUUAUUUACUUAUGUUUAUGGUAAUAUGAGAUCUCAAAUUCUGCAUUAGAAGGAUGCAAGUUGUAACAUGAACGAGUGUGACUUGAAGUAAAAGUUAUGAAUAACAUUGCAUUAUAUCAAUAUAUGUAUCUAACUAUACUAAUAGCAUUAACAACUGAGUCUUAGGGCCAUAAAUCAUUUCUCUAUAUCUAUCUCGCUUGCACUUAUGGGUCUUAUGGAGCCGUCUAGUGAAGGGUGUAACAAUGAAAGACAUAUUAUCGAUAAGUAAAGUUUAUUAUCGUAUCUUGUUCACAAAAUUAAAAAAAUUAACAAUAUUUGAUUUAAUAUAAUACAUAUUUCAUAUUAUAUAAUUAUUAACUAAAUAAAAUUAAUCUUCAUCUGAGUCUUCAUCAUCAGAAUCUUCGUCUUCUGCCAAAUUUAUUAUAUAUUAGUAUCCAUAGUGCGCAACGAGUAACACAUGAAUGUAUUUAUUUAAUUGCAGUAAACACAUUUAUAGCAAAAAAAAUACGCAAUGCAAUUACAUUAGAAACCGACCAAUCAGAAUCGUCCAAAUCAUUAUUGACUCAUCAUUAGCACGUGCGCAGGUAGCCGUUUAUCGAUAAUUAGGGUGCGCAGGUAGGCGCGCUGCACAUUCCUAUCUUUUUUGACUUUUAUGACCGGACGACUCAGAUGAUAAUGCGCAUACUAUAGUGAUGUCCGCUUCAUUUUUAUCGAUAACUAUGUUUUUUUAUUAAUUCAAUAGUUCGCUACUUAUAUGUUUAGGUAUAUAUUAUUUAUAAUCAUUUAUGUUUUAUAAUUUCCCACCUGUUAUGAGUGUUUAUUUAUUUAUAAAACUUUUAAAAAAAGUUUUAUAAAUAAAUAAACACUCAUAACAAAUGAAGCCCACCUAAGUGACGUGGGCGUCAUUUUUAAAAGUAUUACAAAUUCUUAUUAACCGACUUCAAAAAAGGAGGAAAUUAGACCCUAUUGUCAGUUUCUAUUCUGUUAGAAUUGCACAGUUUUUGUAUAAGUUUCUCUGUACUAGUUUCUAAACAUUUGUGUGCUGAAUUUCAUAAGUGUAUGCAAGUCUAUUUUGUAUGUUUGUACGUCUGUGUUUCCGUGCAUAUAAAAGCCUAAGUGAUAACAUAAAAUUAAAAUAAAUAAAUAAAAUUGAUUAUUGGAAUGGGUAAAUAUUUUUUCGAAAACAUUAUCUCUAAAUUUAUUGUAGGUACAAGUUGUACCUAAUAUACAACUGAGAUUUAAAAAGUACCUAAUACAAAAAUAAUAUUGAUGAUUAAAAUAUAUCUAAUGCCAUUUUUUAGAGGGAUUAGGCCAUUAGUCCACCACGCUGGCCCAAGGCGAAUUGGCAGACUUCACACACGCAGAUAAUUAAGAAAAUUCUCUGGUAUGCAGGUUUCAGGCUUUUUUUACUUUAAAUUUUUAUUUUUGCCUUUUUGAAGUCAGAUUACUUUUUAGGGAUUAUAGAUAGAUACCACCAUUAAUGUGAAAUGAACUGUUAAAAAAUAUUAAUUUUAGACUUGGACUACCAAUACCUAGAUCGAAUUUGAUUAUUUAUGAACAAUGCUUAAUGUAUAUUGUUUGUUUUUAUUUAGUGAUAUUUAAAAAUGUGAAUUAUAAGUUUUUUAUUUUACUUAAA